AUGAAGGUCGUCAACAUCUCAGGCACAGCCUCCAAUGGUUAUACGAUGCUUCCAGGUCAGUCAGAUGAGUUCAGGCCACUAACAGUCGGAAUAAACGAACUCACUGAAAGCCUCGAUCCCGGACAGAGCGUAGGUGCAGGGGAUUCAGUCUUUCACUUCGCGCCAUACACUAUGUUUUCGCCAUCAGCGCAGCCACACCCACCACUACCGACGUCAGCUCUUGCGGUGACGGCGACAGAAGCGGUGACAGGGUUGGAGGAGUUCCAGGCCGCCGCAGCUCAGGAUCCCCUCUCUCCUGGGCCAGAAGAUAUGGAGGCCAACCUUGCUGCAGCCGCUCUACGAGCCGAGAGUGAGGAUACUCGGACUGACAACUACCUCAACUAUGACGUCGCUUCCGACCUCACAAAUCCAUUCUGCUGA